GUGAUAAACCAUGCACGCGGGUACAACGUUCCCUCAACUUGCCCUUGGCUUGGCGUUUUUCACGUAGGGCAUUCACAGUUAACUACCCGAGGAAAGUUAGUACAAGACGUACCGAACUUGAGGUCCUAGUAUCGAGCUAGCUAACAGCGAAGCAAGCAAGCUUUGUUUGCUGUGGGCGGGUAAUAAAACACGCUAGAGGAAAGAAGAAGAGGGAAUUUAAUAAAAAAGAGGGGAAGUGGCAGAAGAAAUAUGAGACAUAGAAGUAUUGUACCAGGUGUCGCUUUUUGCACUUUGGUUGUAAUGUUUUUGUACAGCACAAAAGUCGGAGCCACAAAUGCUGUGAACAAAGCAGAGUUACAACUAAUGGCGAAACUGUUCCCGAAAUCAGAGGUGUUCAUGAAAGACGUUCUGCCAGUCAAAGAUAAGAACUCGUCCGUCAAAGUGAAGUUGCAGAUUGCAAUACGACAAAUUAUGGACAUUCAUGAAAAAACUCAAGUGGUUAUCCUCAGUGUUUGGAUUCGACAAUACUGGAACAACCCGAUGCUAACCUGGAAAGGAUCAGACUACAUGAAUAUCACCUCCAUCAACGUUGACAGAAACCUCGUUUGGGUGCCUGAUAUGUGCUUAUACAACACCGCGGACAACACUGGAAGUCUUUACCAAAGCCUUGAUACAAAAGUCAUUGUAACCAGCGAUGGUAACUGCACAUGGUUAGCUCCGAUAAUCCUUAAAAGCGAAUGCAAAAUUGAUGUGGAGUUCUUUCCUUUUGAUGAACAAUCCUGCGUCCUUCAGUUCGGCUCGUGGACGUACAGCAGCGUGAGCAUUGACGUUAAUACAACCGACACCGAGGCGGAUCUCAGCAACUUCAUCACAAACGGAGAAUGGGACAUCAUCGACGUAAAAGCCAGACGCCACGAGGACUUCUAUCCGUGCUGCGAUGAACCCUACCCGUCCAUCAUCUUCACCGUGCGAGUCAGACGUCGAAUGUUGUACUAUGUUUCGAAUCUCAUCAUUCCUUGCGCUGUGAUCGCGGCGCUGGCUUUCCUCUCAUUUUAUCUCCCAGUGGACUCAGGUGAGCGCAUCUCUCUCGUGAUCACCGUCUUACUAGCGAUGACCGUGUACAUGCUGAUGGUAUCCAACUCAAUGCCGCCGACCUCGGAGGUGAUUCCUCUCAUAGGCAAGUACUACUUGGCGGUAAUGAUCGAGAUUGCGCUGUGUUUGGUCGCAACGUGCGUCACCAUACGUUGGCACCACAACGACACCCCGAUGCCACGCUGGCUGCAUUCUCUAGUCGUGCGUUGCUUCGGAAAAAUCUUCUGUGCAAACGGUUCUGAAGUGUCGUACGUCGAGACCCAUUCGUCCACGAGUUACAACGUGAACAACAAUCGAAUGACGGCGGAAUACCCGCAGGCAACGACCAACACGAACACCGUACAACUACAAGAGAUCACAUCAAACCCGAAGACCGAUAUGGAAUCCAUUCACAAAGAUCUCUCUGUGCUCUCGAAGAAAGCAGAAAACGAUGAAACAGAGGAAGGAAUCCGUCAUGAUUGGAAGAAGGCUGCUCUCGUGCUGGAUCGCUUGUUCUUUGUCGUAUUUCUGCUCACAUUUAUUCUCUUCUCGCUUGUAAUUCUUACUGCAAUCCCGAAUUAUAAUAGUUGAACGAGCUAAGCGUAUGCAUGCAGCGUGGAACGGUGUUGGAGAACUUUACUUUUAAUGCUGAAAAUAUUCGUAUAUGCAUUUUAGCCAGAGGAUUUACGCCCCUUUUAUCCUGCUAAGUGAUUUUUUAAUCUCGCUGUUGACAUAUAGGACUUAGGUUGAACUAGUUGAAAACGUAUAUUUAGAUAUCUUGAAGCUGGUUGUUAGUAUAUUACCAUAGUCAACGAAAUUGUAUGCUUUAAAUAUUUGCUUACAUGUAAUGAAAUAAAAUUAUCUCG